AAUUUUAGGUUAUGUUAAGUUGAUCAGAAACAAACAUUACGAUUUUAGGACGUGUUUAUUUAGUAAUAAGUGAAAAAAGUAAAUAUGUUGGGCGAAGAUUACGACAAUUUACCUUCGAUCACAGUAAAGGAGCCGCUAGAUUUGGUGAGACUCAGUCUGGAUGAAAGGAUUUACGUCAAGAUGCGUAAUGAUCGUGAGCUGAGAGGCAGACUGCAUGCUUAUGAUCAGCAUAUGAAUAUGGUAUUGAGUGAUGCUGAGGAGACUAUAACUACAGUAGAGAUUGAUGAGGAGACUUACGAAGAGGUGUAUAGAUCCACUAAAAGGACCAUCCCAAUGCUCUUUGUUAGAGGUGAUGGUGUCAUCUUGGUUUCACCCCCCAUGCGAACUGGUUAAACUGCCAACUUACAAUAUGUUUCAACAAUCCAACCAUAAAACUCAAUAAAAUUAAACUAUAUAUUAA